AUGGCCGACGCUCUCCCUCCCCCGCGCAUCGACUUGCUCGUCCAUUCGCCCUCUCCAGCAGCCUAUGUCCCCGUCCUCAAGCUCCUCCUCGAGCCCUCGCCGCCCCUCGAGUCCCUCCUCGCCCCGCAGCUCCACCACCGCAUCGCCUCGCUCCCGCCCGCGUCCCGCCCCUCGUCCUACACCGCCCUCGUCGACCUCGCCGCAGACGUCGUCGCGAGCUGGGACGUCGACGACCAGGCCGCGUUCCUCGCCGCCCACCCGCGCAUCGGCGAGACCAAGAACUUGAGUACCGCGAGCCAGGGCGAGCAGGCGCCAAAGCAGGGGCAGCAGGGCACCCCGGGCGAGGUCCUCAAGCGGCUCCAGGUCCUCAACUCGCUGUACGAGGACGCCUUUCCCGGUCUGCGCUUCAUCACGUUCGUCAACGGCCGCUCACGCGCCGAGAUCGUCCCCGAGAUCGAGUCCCUCCUCUCCCUCUCCCUCCCACCUCCCUCCCCCUCGACCCCCGAGCCCCGCCUGUCGGACCUGCGCGCCCGCCUGCGCGUCUCGCCCGCCGGCUCGCUCGCAUGGCGCAACGAGCUCGAGCGCGGCCUCGGUGACAUGUGGGCCAUCGCCAAGGAUCGCGUGCGCAAGAUGGGCGUCGAGUGAGGCGUGCGGCGCGAGGUGUACCGGCGAGGAGGUGGCUGUAGUCGAGGCGGGGCGGGGCGAGGCGGUUCGUGCAGUGCGAGUUGGUCGUGCUCUCUCUUC